GUUUUCAAGUGGUUUCAGUAUCCUCUUCUAAGUUUGAAUUUCAGCGGGUCCUCUGACGUUAGCGAAGCGUAGAAAUGCACUCAGCUUAGGGAUCAUCCCUCCUGCCGUAAAAGCCAGCUACUCUGCGCAACGGGAAAAGAUAAAUUUGGCUCGGAUAGAUCAAUACCGCAAGAAAAUUAAGUUCCUCUGUGAACAGUAUUUAUACGAGACGCAGCUCUCAGUACAGUCAUAGAGAGAAGAAGCAGAAGAUCAUCACAUUCAUCAUCGGCUUUCACCAACAUCAUCAUGAAGACUCUCUGCUUGUCUCUAGGAAUGCUGCUUCUCAUUGCCUGCUGCUGCAAUGCCAUGCCUGAUGCACAGCUGUACAACACAGGUCCUGUAAAGUGCUGCAACAAGUUUAGCUCUUUUGUAAUACCAAGGAAAUACGUGUCUGAGGUUAAAAAGACCCACCGCUCCUGCAUGAGGAAGGGAUUCAUAGUAAAGACUGUAAAGGGACGAUCAAUCUGCUUCAGAAAGAGUGAACCGUGGGUUCUGAAGGCCUACAAUCAAAUGCAAAACCCUGAAGGCAGCGGUCAGCAACAGUAAACAUCCUGAACCAUAUAAAUGGGCAAUACAUUAUGGAAAUGCUUGUAUUUGCAGCAAAUAAGCUUUAAUUUGUUUUAUUUUUCUAAUAAAAAAUGCUUUAAGAGGA